ACACAUAUAUUUUUGUUUGGCCUAAUGUAUUGUGCAUCCCUGCCAAGUUCUCAACAGACUACUCAUACAUUUUUAUCAUUCAGGUGGGACAACAAUGAUAUGCAGCAAUACGAUGACGACUUGGAUAGCAUGGAAAAAUCAAGGCACCGUGAAUCAACAUCUCGAUCAAGAUCCCGAUCCCCCGUGAGACGUUCCAGGUCAAGAUCUCGAUCACACGAAAGACAUCGAGAUAGAGCUCGUCGAAUAAACCUUAUCUCAAAGAGAGUUAUUAUCAGCAAUGUGCCAUAUGAAAUGAAAUGGCAAGACAUCAAAGACAUUUUCAGGAAAGAAGUUGGGGAGGUCCAGUAUGUAGAAAUGUUUGAAACACCAGAUGGAAAAUCACGGGGGUCAGGAAUCAUUGAGUUCAAAGACAAGGACACAGCUAGGAAGGCAAUAGAAACAAUGCACAGAUACAAAAUGAAAGACAGGAACAUAGUUGUCAGAGAGGAACGUGAAAGUGAUCAGAACCAGAACAUGGGGGGUGGACGUGGAGGUGGAUCCGGGAUGAUGGGUGGUGGAGGCAUGGGAGGAGGAAUGGGAAUGAUGGGAAAUAUGGGUGGAGGUGGAGGCAUGAUAGGUAAUAUGGGAGGGGGAGGCCCCGCUGUUACCCCACAGCUUCUCCAGCAGCUGGGUGUUGAUGGACCGGUCACAAAUACAGUAUUUGUAUCCAAUAUUGAUUACAAAGUUACCUGGAAGAAAUUGAAGGAUGUGUUUAAGUUGGCUGGAAAUGUACAAAGAGUUGAGGUAAUGCAGUCCAAAGACGGCAAAAGUAGAGGCAUGGCCACUGUGAGCUUUGACACUCAACUAGAAGCCCUCCAAGCAAUAUCUAUGUUCAACAAUCAGACCUUGUAUGAUCGUCCAAUGAGAGUGAAAAUGGACAGCACAGCAGCCAAGAAAGGACCUGAUAUACCUUUACCUGCUGGACUGAGGUCGAUUGGCAUGGGACUUGGUUUAGGAGGAACACCGAUUCAAAACUCCCAAGGAUCAGGAAUGGGGAUGGGCAAUCUUGGUGGAGGGGGAGGAGGAGGGAUGGGCUCAGGCAUGUCUUCAGUGGGAGGGCUGGGCAACAUGGAUAGUGGUAUGGGGAUGGGAUCAUCCUUGGGAGGUGGAUCCGUGGGUUCAAUGGGUGGUAAUCUGUCAGGCCUCGGGCUGGGAGGAGGAAACAUGGGGGGUGGAUCUAAUGUUGGAUUGGGUGGGCUGGGGAAUUCUGGUCUGUCAGGAAUGGGCCUUUCAGGUGGACUGAAUGACUUUAACUCUGGUAUGGGUUCAGGGGGAAUGGGGGGCAAUUUUGGCAACUCACUGGGUGGUUUGGGAGACAAUCGCAUGGGCCUGAGCAGCCUCAGCAGCAAUAGUCUGAGUGGAAACAGCUUCAGCAGCAACAUGAUGGACAACCUGGGCAGUGGGCUUGGCCUGGGAGGAAGCAGCUCUAACUACGGAGGAAGUGGGCUAUCGUCCUCCUACUCUGACCGUGGAGGCAGCAGCAGGGGUAGAGAUAGCAGGGAUAGUGACCGGUCCACUCGUCCAGACAAUUGUACAGUCUGUGUGAGAAAUCUUCCAUAUUCUUUGAAAUGGCAAGAUCUGAAAGAAAAGUUCAAGGCUGUUGCUGAUGUAAGGUUUGCUGAAAUCAAGAUGGAAAAUGGAAGAUCUGCUGGCUGGGGCUUGGUGCGCUUCGGAAACCCUGAUGAUGCACAGAGAGCAAUUUCUCUGAUGAACAGAUCCCGAAUUGAUGGAAGGGAAGUGGAUGUCAAAAUGUACCGUUGAUCAGAAAUGGUAUUGUUGUUGACUCUUGAUCCUCUUGUGUUGUACAGAGUUGGGGUUGACAUCAAUUUUUUCCUUAGUUUUUGUCAUUGGAAGGUGUUGCCUAGUUUUUGUGUUGACCAGUCACAAGAACACCUGAAAACUGUGUAUAUAUAUAAAUUGUAGUGUGGAUCUGUGUUGUCCUUCUGUUUUAUCUAUUGGAAUACUUCAUCGUGAUUUUUAUAAGACAUGACACAUGGGGACAAUUUUAUGCUGUAUUUCACGUGGGCAGACUUGUCAUAGAAUCAUUUGAACCAUUUACGUUGUCGUCUUUUAUAAUAUUGAAUCAGUGGACCAUAAAUAAAGCCUUCAUACCUUAGAAUAGAGUUAUUUUAUUCAAAAGUGUAGUUUGUGUGUGCUUUUUAAUUUUUUGUUGAAAUUAUUAAUUGUCACGCAUCUUAAGAAUAUUUCUUUUGGAAGGAGUUUCAAUUCCAGCAUAUUUUCUGUGUUUACUCUGGGGCCUAAUAAAUGUGGAUUUGUUUUGUUUACAGAUAUUACACAAAGGAUAAACUGAAAAUCUAAACUGAACAUCCUUGUUUCAUUUAAUUGUGUUUAAGAAAAAGCGGAGAUGAAAGGGAAUAAAAAAUCAAACAAAAAGAUGACAAAAACAUGAAUGUUAAAAUUUGCUUGAUCUUAAUAAAUUCUGGUAUUCAGUAGGAGAUCUCUAUUCUACCUUUGUUUCUCAUGUGUGAAUUUCUAAAAAUUGUGCCUUGACAUACGAGCAGAUUUUGAAGUUAAAAUAUGAGAUAUAAAAUAAUUCUGGCCAACACUGUAUUUUGAUGGUAUAUUUGUAAAUUUUAUUAUGCAUGACUCCAGUAAAAGUUUUCAUUGUGUAAAGUAAAAAAAACCUGUAAUUAGAUUCUAACAAGGGAGUGUAAGUCAUAUGUACAUAUAGUUUAGUUAUUAAUUUAAUUAGUUUGUAGAUUGUUUUUCUUAAGAGAUGAGUUGACAAAUUGAGAGCUGUUUGUCUGAAAACUGCAUUGAGAUUUGUAGUGCUCUGAAACCCAAACCAGAUGUCUUGAGUCAGAAGCCAUUAUAAGUUGCCUGGGUAUCUUUGAUUGUGAGGUUCCAGGUGUACCAAUGUUUGGGGACAAAUGCUGAUCCAGUUUCAGGCUUGAAGAUCUCUGAAUGGAGUUGGUUUGUGUAAGAUUUUUGUACAGGUAAAUGUAUUGUUUUAUUGGCUGGAUAUUACAGUAACUUAAUAUGGGCUGCGGGAUUUUUUCAGUUUUAUCAAUUAUUGUAUUAUGAGAUUCUUUCAUGUGCUGAUAGUACUUCAGCACUUUUAUUUGCAUUUCAAUUAUUGUUAGUUGUCAGACAUUGUGGGAGAUGUGUUAAAAGAAGCUGUAGGCACGAGGGGUAUUUCUUUGUGUUAAAGUAUUUGUUUUUGUUAAUUCAUGAUAUUUUCAGUACAGAUAUUAUUUUUGGCAGAUGUCCAAGAAUGCAGAGUUAUUGCCCUUUUCCAAGGCAAUAUGAAGGUUUAUUCCAUUGUUCAGCUUUGGGAUUUCAGAGGCAUUAUUUUGUUAUAAUAUGUCUCAUUAAUGGUGGUACAUUUUCUUUCUGUGUGAUUUUGUUGAUGGAAUUGGUUUCUUUCAUAAGUAUAGUAUAAAUCUUAUAAUUUUUUCAUAAGUGAAAAAAAUGGCAAAGCUAAAAUUCUUUAAAUUUAAAAUACAGGACCAUUAGCUACCCUCAUUUCAACAUACUAUGCAUGUUGUUUUAGAUUCAAGAGCUAGAUUAUGUUCAGCUGCAUGGGAACACAAAACAUGGGACUGGGCUCGCCAGGGAAGAAAAUUAGGUGUAUUUUACCAUUAAGAAGAGAUGAUUCAGAUCGCAUUCCUAAAUGUCACAAAUGAAUACGAGAUCUAAAAGGAAAAAUCCUGCAGAGGUUGAGGAGAUGUGGUGUCCUGAUGAGCUUAUACAGAGAGGAUGUCAUGAGACAAUUAAUAAAAUGGUUGAAAUAUA